AUGUCAUUCAACGCAUGGGACCUUGAAUUAUUGAUUAGUCCUCAGCAUAGUGAGCCAGAAUCUUUCGUGCCAGAAUCUGCCACGGCAUACAAAGAACAGUUUGGUCAAUACAGAUGUUCUCCGAAUACUUCAACAAAGCACGAGGGCGGUAAUGAUGGAAUCUAUACAGAAACACCAUCCAUCCCCUUAGAAAUCUCGAACCAUGAAUCUGAAGAUUCUAAAAAUUCAUCAACACAGAAUUCGCAAUCUCGCCCAUCAGCUGAAUGCGUGAUGCCUGAACAGUUCAAUUGGGAGCAGGCAACAUCAUCAUGUCCUACCGCUGAAAAAGAAAUUUUUGAUGCUGACGCUGACGCUGACGAUGACGAAGGGGAUUUGCAAUCAACACAAGGACGGCACCGGCCAAAUAAUAAAGGAGGCUCAUCCAGCCAUUCCUCUUCAUCUUUAUCAAGUUCCACGGGGGAGAGCCAGACUUUCGGGUGCAGCGGGUAUCAAAAACCGAACCAUCUUCAAAAGAACCGUAUCGCAGCUAGCAAGUGCCGGACCAAGAAGAAGAGAGAGACGGCGAAACUUCAGGCGGUGGAGAAGUCAUUGAAAGUCAAGCGAGAUGCGCUGAAGUGUAUGGUUGAUUCGUUGCGGAUAGAAGUCCUAGAUCAUAAGAAUGAAAUCCUGAGGCAUGGCAUGUGCGAUUGCUCAGUUAUACAAAAGUACAUAGUCGAGACUGCUAGGCAAAUUUCCUAG